AAUCAUUAAAUUUCUAUUAUACCGAUACAGGGUGUGACACGACAGUACAGAUGAUGAUUCAGCUACAUUGGUUAUCUGAAAAAACUUCAACUCGAAGUGACAAAUUAAUCUCAAUCGCAGACACAAUACGUGAAAACCUUUUUGUUAAUAUACUUGUACGAUGUAUACUACGAGGCAAAAUUUUUCACGAAGCAUCGAAAGAUCAGAUUUCAAAAAGAUAAAAAAUUCGAGUAGAUUUGAAAGCGAAUGUUUGCACAUUUUUUGGAAGAAGUGUGCAUCGAUCUCACCAGGAAGCCUAGUGGGGGAAAAAAAACUUUUUCAUUUCUAGAACGAUCUACAGAAUAACUCACAAUAAGCUCACUAUCUCGGCUAUCGUUUACUACGAACUUUGAUCGGUAGUGUAACGUGUUGCUCUGCUAAAUCUCACUGGUUCAAAGUCCUGCACUCCUACGGCGAACAUAUUGCAAGUUAGUCGUGGACUAGGAAUACCGUUGGUAAGAAUAACCCGGCGCAUCUUCAUUUUCAAGAAAUAAGAAACAAAAAUGGAACGUUGGGUCGGAAAGGUCGCACUGGUGACCGGAGCGAGUGCCGGAAUCGGAGCCGCGAUAACUGAGAACCUUGUCAAAGAUGGUCUCAAGGUAGUCGCGGUGGCCAGGCGAGUCGAAAGGAUAGAGGAAAUCAAUGAAAAACUGAAAGGCGCCAAAGGUGAACUUCACGCAAAGAGAUGCGACCUGACUAAGGAGGAGGACAUCCUCGAGGUCUUCCGCUGGAUAAAGGAAAAUCUCGGCGGUGUUGAUGUCCUCGUUAAUAACGCCGGAAUGCUUGUGCCUGGGCCGCUGACCGGAGGAGAAACCGAAGGUUUCAAACGUAUGCUGGACAUAAAUGUGUUGGCCGUCGCCAUCGCAACGAGAGAAGCCGUGCGAUCCAUGAAGGAGCGACAAAUCCCCGGUCACAUUUUCAACAUCAACAGCGUAGCGGGACACUACAUAGGAUCGCCGAAUAACGUUGUAUCUCUGUAUCCGGCUACCAAGUUCGCCGUAACAGCCAUGUCGGAGGUGACGAGGAAGGAACUGGUUUUGGCGGGAACGAGGAUCAAAAUUACCAGCAUCAGUCCAGGCGGUGUGAAAACCGAAUUUAUAAGCUCUACCGGAGUCGAAGUUUUUACACCGGAAAGGUUGAAAUCGAUACCAUUGCUGAACCCCGAAGACGUCGCGAACGCCGUCAGCUACGCAUUGGGAACCCCGGAACAUGUUCAGGUCUGCGAGCUGACCAUUCGCCCUGUUGGAGAGUCUUUUUAACAAGUGUUUCGCGAGAAUCGCCAAACUGUGCACUACAUGUCAGGUGCAGAUUUGAAAAAAUGUGUAUGUCAUGCAUGUAGGGCCGUCUAUAUUUCAAAGGCAUCGUGAAAACACGUGUGAAAGUACAAGAUUUUCUAGAGAUUUUUCAUUGUGAGAAAAAAAAUAAGAACUCAUGAUUUUCGGAUGCCACUGAGGGUGAGUGGCAUUUGUAUUUUUCACAAUAAAUCUGGACAUUCACUGAAA